CUCCUCCUCCUCCUCCUCCUCCUCCUCCUCUUCCUCCUCCUCCUCCUCCUCUUCCAGGUUAGGGUGGAGCUGUCUCUGCGUGAAACUCUCACAACACAGCAGGUGUCAGAAACGGCAGCAAAGUUGGAUUAAAAACGGAAUCUGUCGACCUCACAGUAUGAGUCAACCGCCCCGUUCCGACCGGGAACACCGGGCCAGGAACGGAGAGCAGCGGCGGCCCCGGGACAACAGGAAGUCCACUCCGGACAGCUCCCGUGAAUUUGAGCCUCCCUCCAGGUAUUCGAGGGACGUUCCCCGGAUGGAGCACCAGGCCUCCAAAUGUACCAACAUCUGUUCCCGGAGAGGCAUUGUGCUGAUCUGCUCCGUCCUAACCAACGCCCUCGUCCUGAUCUGUGUGGUUGCGGCCCAGUUGGUGAUGUCGGGCUUGUCGUCGAUGGGUGGCAUGGGCGGCAUCAGCAUCAACAGCAACUUCAACAUUCAGGGGACCGAGCUGCAGCAGCUGCGAGAUCUGGACAUGCAGUACAGCCAGAUGAGGGCGCCCGGUAUCUACGGCGGCAUCGCCUUCAGCCUGACCUUCGGGGUCGUCUCACUGCUGUUCGUGGUCGCCGGGAACAAACCCGCCCACCACAUGAAUCCGAAGCUGCUGGUGGGGGCGUUGGUGUUCCAGGCAGUGGGCGCUGUGGGCUACGUGGUCGCCGUGGGCCUCUACCUGCACUUUGUCAUGCAGGUCAACUCCACAGACGUGUGCAAGCAGCGACAGAGACUAUACUCGCGGAACGGCUACACCUGGAUGAACUGUGACGUGAGCGGGGCUGACGCAGCAGUGGCGCUGUUCGGGCUGAUCACCGCCAUUCUGUACACCGCCGGGACCGUGCUCACGGUCCAGACAAUCAGGGGAGUGAAGCACUACCAGCAGGAGAAGAAGAGGCGGCAUGCAGAGAAACAAGAGGACCGGGGGAACCACCACAGGGCCCCUUUGAGGGCAGACACAACAUCAGUGUGAGGCUGAAGGUGUUCAACCAGCUGGGUUCAGAUCGGAGCCGAUCGAGAGAGGAGGACCGAUUUAUAACGAGAUCUGAAACUGAUUACCAAAAAUCAUGACUCCUGACAUGAAUGUGUUCACAGUGAGAUGACGUAGUUCAACAUCUGGCAGAAACUGAUGAGUCACACAUCAUUGACAUUCAACCCAACACUGAUCAUAGUUGCAACUGACUCCUUUUUCUGAUUGGAAAAUCCAGUCGUUCAGGACAAGUGUCUAAUAUUAAGAUUAUUGACACCAUCAGUUUUCAGCUUAUUUAACUUCAUAGAAUCAGCUGCAGAAUUACUUCCUGUUUUUUAUACCAAUCACUAUAAAGGAAGUAUGCAUGUUACGUAAAGUCUUGGAGCCAUGUGAUUUACAACAAAUACAAAGAACAAGCAGGAAUCAAUCGUGAAGCAAAAUAGGAUGUUAACUUUAACUGCUUGUUUUUCACCUAUUGCCACUUUUAACUUUCAGAUUUUUUAUAAAACCCAGGAAAUACUGUAGAUAAGUUUUUAUAUUCUGUAAAUACUUCUAGUAAUUGUAAAACAUGUUCCUCGCGUUUAUGGUGUACAUGUUUGUUUCUCAGUGCUUGAAAUUCUUGCAGUUGUGAUGUUUGACUUUUUUUUUUAAUCACUUUGACCAAAUAAUGAGCUCAAGAAUCACUGGACUUGUUUUUAAUGUGGUGGCAGUUAUAGAAUUUGUUUUUAAUUACAAAUUUAUUCUUUUGUGUUUCUCUAAACUAUCAAGUGAAAUUAAAAUUGAUGUGAUUAAAGA